AUGGCACGACUAUUGAGCAAAAAGAUCUUGUGCUUCCUGAGCGUUGUCUACGUAGCAACGGCGAAAGACAGUCAAGAAGUAGAUGCUAGGAAAACCCGUCGUAUCAACAAAAUCGAGGAGCUCUGCGAAAGUCCGUUUACAGAGCUGUACUGCUUUAACGGUGGGACAUGCAUAAAGUUUGAAAUUAUGCCAAGUGUCAUGUCAUAUGCCUGCAACUGCAUGAUUGGUUACUAUGGUCCUCGUUGUGAAUACAUUGACUACCAGAUGCCGGAGGAGUUGAUAGAAGAAGACACGCUUGCAAGCAAAACGAUUGCCGGCUGCUUCGCUGUUCUUUCUAUAGCAACUGUGGUUACGUUGGUAGCUUUACUGAUUUCUACCUCACAGCUUAGUUGGAUCAGCAUGCGUACGAGGCUUCGCGUCGUUGACAACAGUGCGAUUGGAAAACAAGCUAUGCUUUCAGGCCGCCCACCUUACUGCAUAACAGUCUACAAGGUUGGAAAGCAGAGGAGGCCUUCGACUCGUGGCAGACUGGGGGACAAAGUGCUGGUAGCUAUUCGAGGCGAGAUGAAAAAGGCGUAUAUCGUUGGUCAGAAGUCCAGCUAUUUGGAUACUCCUCCAGGUGUUCCUCGAACGGAUUCAAACAACAUUGUGUUGAUCGAUGACAACGGCAAUCCGCUCGGAACCAGAAUCUUGGCUUAUCGCAAGCUGUACCUGAGGCAGCAGGCGGUCGUGUACUUGUACUGCACGGCAAUUGUGUUGAGUGUGUGUACGUCGCUGUGCCAUGCUCUGAGGCUACACCUCAGUAGCUACCACGUCGACGGCUCGUGCCUGAUCGCCAGUUCCAAGGAGUACCGGUACGUGCUUGUGAAUAUGUCCUUUUCGAUAUCGUCCAUUGUCGCCUCUUACGUAUUGCAGUUGUGCAUUCGGUAUUCGACACGCAAGCCUGGCUUCACAGCUUCCGGCGAACAGCCUGUCAUCGUGCACAAUAUAGUAGAUAAAAAGAUACGAACGAAAGCACGCCUCAUGACAAAGUGGCUUCUAGGGGUAGACGUUCUCGUGGCUGUGUUCCACCUCUGUCCGAUAUGUUUCAAGAUAAGUUAUUUUCUGACGUGCUUUACCCCGCCAGACACACUUCAUUGCAUCUUACAGAUCCUGGGUUACCUGUCGAGCAUAAGAAUUGCAUGCUUCACCAUGUCUCUGUUGCUGAUCGAGGAAUGCCGGAAGAAGUUGCACGAUUCGUUAAUUUACUGUCGAUCGUUUUGCCACGGGGUGGCUUGA